GGUUGUCAAAACUUGCUUGAUUCAGGUUGAAAGACAUUCAUCGAACUUCGAGAAUGAUUUUUGGGAAUUUAUACUUCAACCACAUGAAAUAUAUUCUAAAUGUAAAUUUGUUAAUUAAAAGGAUUUUAGAAGCAAAAUAAUUUAAUGUGAACAUAUCGAGGUCAUAAAGGAUUUUGUUAUUAGUUAAUUCAACAAUGACGGUUCAAGACGGUUGGCGAUAUAUAGAUAGCGAAUUUGAAGAAAACAUAGAAAAACAUAAUGAAACUGGAACGAACUCAAAAGUUGAAAAAAGCGAUAACAAUUUAAGAAAGACCCUCAAGAAAGUUGCAGAAAUAUUAACAGUAGAGCCCUUAGUAGGAAUAUACCAACUUGCAAUUUGCCUUUCGAAACCGGCUUUAGAUAAUUUGGAAUUAGAAAAAGCUUGUAGGGUCAAUUUGAGAUACAACGAUACUGUCUGCAAUGCUAUUCUCACAGGACAUCACAGGAGGUAUUCAGAAGAAAACAAUAAUAUUCAGGUAAUUAUUGGUAAAAUGCAUUCUUGGCAGCAACCUGUCCAAAGCUUCAUGCCAUUACUUCUUAUUCUCUUCUUAGGAUCUUACAGCGAUAGACACAAACUAAGGAAACCAUUCUUCAUAAUUCCAAUUAUCGGAGACCUUCUAGGAAACAUUGGAUGCAUCUUUUGCGUGUUGAACAUGACAUCUUGGCCUAUAGAAGUCCAAGGAGUAUUCCAGAAAAUAGUGCCUUCGUUUUUUGGAACACAAAGUUUGUUGACGAUGUCGACCACUGCCUACGUAGCUGAUAUAAGUAGCGUAGAGUCGAGGACUUUUAGAAUUGGAUUGACAACUUUAGUGAUAAGUGUAGUUGUGCCAGUGGCUAACGCAAUUUCGGGUAUUUUGUUCCUACAAAUAGGCUAUCACGGUGUAUUGUGCCUAUCAUCAAUGAUGUUAGUGUCUGCUUUAAUGUAUGGCAUGUUAUGGGUAAAAGAAUCAACAAAUCCUCAGAAGAAUAAAAAAAUUAAUCUAUUUGCUGAUGUUCUAAGUCCUAAACAUGCUUUAGAUACGUUUAAGAUUAUCUUCAAGAAAACGCAAGAAUUAAAAAAUAUGAGAUUUUUAUUGCUGUUAGUUAUUCUUCAUCGAUCAGCAUUUGAUGGUGAAACUAAUGUUCUUUACCUCUAUGUUCAAAAUGUAUUUCAAUGGACACCAGUGGAUUUUACAUAUUUUCUGACAGUUAAUUCAACUGUUACUUUAAUUGGUAAUAUUUUAGGAAUAUGUCUACUUGUUAAAAUUUUAAAUGCGGGUGACUUAAUAAUAUUAUUUAUAACAGUAUUUACUAGAAUCUUGUCAAAUUUAUUAUAUGGUUUAGCAACUACACCAGAAAUUUUCUAUCUAGGUGCUUUUAUGAGUGUAGUAACAAAAUUAUACAGGAUAGUAAAGAGAUCUUAUGCGACUAAAAUAGUUUCAACUGAUGACAUUGGAAAAACUCAAUCACUCUUAGGUAUCGCAGAAGCAUUAGCGCCAGCCCUAUCUGUUCCUGUAUAUAAUUUAUUAUAUAUGCACACUUUGAAAACAUUUCCAGCAUCAAUAUUUUUCUUCAGUAUUAUAAUUUAUUUUUUUUGCUGCCUACUUAUUCUAUGGAUGUACCUUAAGAAUAAAAAUUGUAUUAACAAAAAAAUUGAUCGGCAAGGUGAUUAUAAGACUGCUGUUAUUGAAACUACACACAUGUAAUCGUGAUAUAAAUAA